AUGUCCACGGUGCGCUACGGCUGCAUCCGAUCGCUUGUCGAUUUCGAGCAUGACCUCUUCAUCCUCUUGCAAUCUUACCACGACCACCUACCCCUGCCCCCACUCGCCGUACCCGUACCCGUCGCCCCCACGUGGAUCUCCCCACUCGCCAAGCGUUACGGACCUCCGCUCACCCUCACCCUCACCCUCACCCUCCCCCCCUCUCUCUCGUCUCCCUCCGUGGUCGUCCGUCUGAUGCAAGUCAGGUAUCGUAUCUUCUACCUCUCUUAUCCACCCUACUCAGAGCUCACGACCAGGUUGCAACUCUUGAUGCGUACCGUGGACACGAUCUUGACCGAUGCUGCUUGUUCUUUGGAUGAUCCCUUCCGACGUGAAUUGUUUGAUGUCGCCACAGGUCUCGAAGCCGAUUUCCAAAGUUUAUUAGCCCAUUGUCUAUCAUCCUCCCUUUCCAUCCAUUUCGAUUCUCGACCCUUGGAGCCCGUUCCAAUCCCAGAUCCGACUCGAAAUUCAAAUCCACUUCCACUUGCCGUCCCCGUCCCCACCCCUCCCCCUAUACGUAUCCGUCCCACCUCGGACACCUCAAAAGGUCAUCUCUUCGGUUUUUUAACGUUACAUUCCGUCAAUCUUCCCGAAUGGUCUUCUCUCUCACCCCCCGAGAUUGAAAAGGAAAGAGUGUUCACAUCCGCCGCCAUUAGAACAAACAAACAGACAGAAGGUACUUGUCUUCUUCUAGGAACAGCAAGGCUCGUCAACUAUUCUUGUCAACCCAAUUGCCGACUAAAAUCUGAUCCGUCGGGUUGUCCGAGGUGGUCUCUGAAGUCGAAUUGCACCAUACGUUCAGACACCGCUUUGACGAGAUCUUGUCCGACUGUGAUGGGAGGUGGAACGAAUCAUGAUGUUGGCAGAGUGGGAUAUGACCGACUCACACAAUCUGUACAUAGGACGAAAUGCCUCGGUAGUCGGAUCGCCAUCAGCUCCUGUGAUACCUCGAUACACACUCUUAUGGAGUUGAAUCUCUCGGCUCGACAGAGGGUAUAUACAGUUCCCCAAGUAGACGCACAUGCGUUCUUAAGCAAACCUAUUCCUAUAGCGUUCGGUAUCUUAUGCUUCUCGGCAACUGCUAUAUCCCGAUUUGCUUUCAUCUUCUCUCCUCAGUGUGGCAAUGUCGUCUCCAUGAGACUUAUGAAUUUGAUGCGCCGGAUAAGACUUAAGAAAUCCAUGUUGGCAGGAGAGGUUAGAGGACCAAUGGAUGUAUCUAAUGCGGUUGCUAGCUUGCUACGAUCGACGGUACGCUCUGUGGAUCCUAGUGCUUUGUCAUUGAAUGCUUUAUUGGAUGGUCUCGACCGGUGUGAUCAUGGACUCGAUAAUCGUGGAGAUGCUUUGGCUGCGGCUCCUCAGUACUGGGAUCAAGUCAUGGCUAGCUCUAGCAUAUCCUGUCCGGCUAUUCGCAACCAUGCUAUCAUAUGUCUUGAUCUGCCGUUAUUACAAGGAUAUUGUAGGGUUCUUGACCGUGGUAUAUCAUCAAAUUGUGAUAUCAUUAGUAGCGAGGCGGUAAUAUCGGAUAUUAUACAAGUAGCGUCGAUGGACGGAUCGGUUAGAUACAGCGAAUCGCUAGUAUCGUCAUCAUGGAGCAGUCUCCCAAGUCCACCCCGUGGAGUGCAGCCUCUAUAUUUAGUAUAUGCCAUGUUAGGAUUGCCUGGCUAUACUAUGUGCCCAUCCGUGUGUAGUAUAUGGAGUAGCUCUCACGUAUCAUACCAGAGGUUGUGGAGGCUCAUAUCGACGUUGUCUGGUCACGUAGUGAUAGGAUCUAGCCUUAGGAUCCUUAGCUCCGGUAGAGAUGGAUUAGGGUAUUCGAAAUCGCACGGGAUUGCUAUGAAGACUCAUGUGCACGGAUCCGGAGCUUCGAGGUUUGAACGUAGCAAACCUUUAAAAUUACAGUGCUACGAUCAGAUUCGGGGUAUUAGUAUGGCACCUGACGACUUCUUGGAUCUAGAGGGUGAGGCUAGGCUUGGAACGUACGGUACUGUUCUGAAUACCCUGAGAGAUGUUAGUAGUAAUCAAGAGGCUACACUACGGAUGUUGAGACAGGCUGAGAUCGAUAGAAGAGUCAUGAGAUCGGAUAUUGGAUCGGUAGCACUACUUACUAAUGCUCCAAUUGGAUCCAUGAGUAGACAUAACAUUAAUCAUCCUACUAAUAAUGUUAGUCAUCCUAGUACCACGGUUCUACAAACAUAUAAUGCUAGCUUAGACCUUACUCCCCGUUCUUCCACUACUCCUCUUGGCGAUGUUGAUAUCGAUGCUCCGGAUGUUAGUUAG